AUGGACGCCACUUCCACAUACGGCUGGCUCAAAUUCUCGUGGGCAGCUAUGCAUGCAUGCAUGCAGAAACCAUCGGAGAUGCCUAUUGUGGUUGUUCCUCGGCACGGCAGCCUUGCAGCGGGAAUAGUCCAGCGGACAUUGAGCGUGCAUUCCGUGCCUGCCUACAAAGCUGCCAGCGAGCUACCCGGCCUCGGCAAGUACAAGAACUACGACGACGCGCUUCUCCACCAUGCGAUCGACCUCAUAUCGCAGGCCGACAUCAUCCUGGCCCAUUGCAAAGAGGAGUCGACCAAGGAUCAGGUGCGCGCGGACCGAGACAUGAGUGGUGCCGAUCUGAACGAGCUCCCCGCAAAGUCGGCAAAGCCCUGGAAUGCUAUACGCGGCUACUGGAGAUCGCCAGCUCGAUCAGGUGCAGAUCAAGCCGCCGAGAUUUGGCGAAGUAGGGUCGAGGGUGCUUCGGCCUGGGGCCCGCUGUCUGUUGGAGAGCCCUGCGCGUCCCUGCGUGAUCUGUAUCAUCAAUCUUUCUUAGAGCAGACGACGGAUUCGCAGCGAGAACUGCUGGAGAUGUGGUCGGUCCGGAACGACCUGGAUGCCAUGCUCCAGGUGGUGCUCUCAGUCCCUCGCACGGUUGGCGGCGGCUGCACGAGCGAACCGGAAUAG